AUGGGCAAUAAGCAAACCAUUUUCACUCCAGAGCAGCUGGAUGCGUAUCAGGAUUGCACAUUCUUUACAAGGAAAGAAAUUCUGAGACUGUUUUACCGAUACCGAGACCUGGCCCCACAGCUGGUCCCACUCAGCUACAUAGAUAAACCAGAUGUGAAGCUCCCCUAUGAACUCAUUGGCAGCAUGCCAGAGCUGAAGGACAAUCCAUUCCGUCAGCGGAUUGCCGAGGUUUUCUCAGAGGAUGGAGAUGGCAACAUGACUUUAGAUGACUUUUUGGACAUGUUUUCAGUUCUGAGUGAAAUGGCUCCCAGAGACCUCAAAGCUUAUUAUGCCUUUAAAAUCUAUGAUUUUAACAACGAUGAUUACAUAUGCAAAUCAGACUUGGAGAAAACCGUUAACAAACUGACCCGAAAUGAACUUACCCCCGAGGAGGUUUGUCUUGUAUGUGACAAGGUGAUUGAUGAAGCUGAUCAAGACAAUGAUGGCAAACUCUCUGUGGAAGAUUUUCAGCACAUGAUAAUACGAGCACCUGAUUUCCUCAGUACUUUUCACAUUCGAAUUUGA